AUUGGAAAAAUGGGUGGAGAACGGAUCACAUGGUAAGUAAAAGGUAGGGUAUCCUGAACCGAGGAGCAGAAGCACUUAACCCCAAACAACAACACUAGUAAAUCCCCUUCCCAAACAGACCUGAUGGAGGAACCAGAAUUUCCCCCAUUCCAAUUCAAACUCUCAAGACAGCGCCAAAUUUUCUUUUCAACCUGCACUUUAGAGGCUAAUUUCUACCGAUUCGCAUUAAAGAAACUGCUAUCUUGAUUUUGUGACUUCACUUGGGCAUUUGGAAGAAAAAGAAAGACAAGGGCAAUGGCUACCCGUGUAACGCAGACGCCCCUGAUAAUCCAGGAUGAGAAUUUGGGUGUCAGUCGCAAAAAGGCUGGUUUUGAUGGAAGUGUUAAGCAAUCUAAAACAGCGACGAAAAAAAGUGGGGGAUUUGCGUUGGGAAAUCGAAAGGCGCUCAAUGAUAUUACAAACAAAGCAGUUGUUCGUCAAGAAACAUCUUCUCGGAAAAAGAAUGUGCAAAAGGAAGAGAUCAAUAAUGUAGCCGAGGAAAGAUUUUUGCAUGAUCACAAUAAAUGCAUUGAGGAAAAAGAGGCUACAUCGAUUUCUUCUUUCCUGGACUUGGUCCUUCCUGGGCAUGAUUCAGUAUCAUCUACUGCUGAAAAUCCCGAGGUUAAGCAGGUGAAGACUGAUCCUGGUAGCUGCUUCUAUCCGGAACCGAAAGAAUUGGCCAUACCUGUGUUUUCUGAUUGGUUUGAGUCUCCAACUCAGUGGCACUCUCCUCCAUGCUCUCCUAUUCACUGGGACUCUCCACCAUGCUCUCCUUUUUCAUGGCAAUUUGAAGCUGUUGAAUAUGUGCUGAGGCCAGAAAGUGAUGUUUGAAAGUGACUUAUUUCUUCCCUUGCAUGUCCUCGAGAUGUAAUCUAGAAUUACUGUUUUCAACCGUUUCUUGGUACAGAUUAAUGAUCCGUGUUCUUUUUCUCCAUGAUAGCUGUUUGGUUCUUUUCUGCAAGCGACAAUGGUAACCAGAGUCGGUCUCGGUUGGUGGCUGUAUUAUCCGUUCAAUAACAAAGACUUCAAACUGGACUCAUGAUUAAGUGCUUGACAUUUUGGAUUGCCAGGACUAUGCAAAUGCAAUCUGUUUUACUACAGCCCUCCUCGUCCCUUGAUGAAAUCUACUUCUUAUAUGGACGUGUAUCAAUUUUUUCCUGUUUAUGUUUGCUUAGUACAUUCGGUGCUUGCUAUACUUCUAAGUAUAAAAAAUCGCACAUUUAACCCUAAAGAGGGUUGAUCUAAUGAAUCAAGAAGGUUUGCUUUCUUUUUU